GCUCCGCCCUCUCCCGAGCCAAGAUGGCGUCCGUGUGCAGCCGGGUGCUGGCGUGGCGUGUGAGUCGGGGCGCGGCGGCCAGGACGGGGUCGGAGUGGGCUUCGGGCUUCUAUCUCACGCCCCAUCCCCCGCAGGUGCUCUUCUCGAGCCGGGAGCUGCUUGGACCCUGUUGCACCUUGCACACCUCUGCUGUCCUCGCCAAGAACCGGGCGGCCCGAGUGCGCGUGGGCAAAGGGGACAAGCCGGUGACCUACGAGGAGGCGCACGGCCCGCACUACAUUGCUCACAGGAAGGGCUGGCUGUCGCUGCACACAGGUAACCUGGAUGGAGAGGACCACGCCGCGGAGCGCACAGUGGAGGAUGUAUUCCUUCGAAAGUUCAUGAUGGGCACUUUCCCAGGCUGCCUGGCCGACCAGGUGGUCCUGAAGCGCCAGGCCAACCAGAUAGAGAUCUGUGCCCUGCUGCUGAGGCAGCUGCCUGCGCACAAGGUCUACUUCCUCGUGGGCUACAGUGAGACUUUGCUGUCGUACUUUUACAAGUGUCCUGUGCGACUCCACCUCCAGACUGUGCCUUCAAAGGUCGUGUAUAAGUACAUCUAGGAUGAUAACCUGCUCCAGAAGCUGUAGCUGGCGGGGGACAGAAAUGUGGGAAGGCCGGAAGUAGAAGAGCUGCAUCGUCUCCCAGGAAGAGGCAUGGCCUGUGCUGCUGUGGAACCCAGGCCUUCAUGCUGUCUGGCCGCCCCUCCUAGAGUUGGGUUAGUUGAGGUGCUUCGGGGCUCCCUGGGAGGCUGCCGGGUGUGCAGUGUAGCUACUGCCUGUGGUCAGAGGACCCUGUGCGGUCUUCCCUCCCAGGCACUUUACCCAGAGUUCCCUGUUUCUGUCAAAAUGAGAUUCAGUUGGAGUGACAAUAAACAUGAAAACAGCCUGGA